AUUCAGCUUUAUUUUCUGAGCUUGAUUUCGCGAAAAAUGACCUGUGGAAAGUAUUAAAAAUCAAAAGAGAAUAUUGCAAACACUUUAAAUGUAAUAGUAAAAACAGAGAGAAUUUAUACAAUAAACAUUGUUUAAAAAUUUAACAUGGAAGUUUUGAACGAAUGUUCAGCAUACUUGAGCAAUUAUGAAGUCCUGGAUAUAUUGCAGAAUAUAAAAGCUAAUAAAAGACAAAAAAUGAAACAGAAUCAGUUAGCAACAAUAACAUAUCAGACUAUAAGAUAUUUGGAAGAGACUCCAUGUAAAAAGCAAUCACCUGAGAAAAUUAAGGGUUUCUUAAAAGCGCUAGAACCAUUUAAAUUAUCGAAAUGCGAGAAACUGACCCUUCUUAACGUGUCCCCAAAGACGCCUCUAGAAAUACAAUUGAUAGUAGAGGAUAGUGAAGAUCGUUUGACAGAUGAAGACGUAGAGUCUUUGCUACAAGUGGUAGCAAAUUAUUUAGGUGAAGAAGAACAGGAGGACAAGGACGGGUAAUGAUUUUAUCUGAUUCUCGAAAAUCAUUAAAAACAUUUUAUAUACGUUAUGUACAUUUUAUUUAAAAUAACCAUAAAUGGAAAUAGUAUAGUAUUAAAUACAGUUGUGCAAGUGAAAA